UCUGGGACCCUCCAUAUUGGAAUCCAAGUCCGGUGCUAGGGAAGCUGUUGCGUAGCUUCGGUGGCGCAGUAACGCUGUGGGUGCUGGGCGAUGGUAAGAAGUCCCCGAGAAGUGGACAUGGCCAGGACAGCUUAUGAGAAUACCUUUGUCUACUUUCCCCAUGGGAACUGUGAGAUGUCCUCAUCCCGACCCCCAUGUCUUUACCAGGUGGGAUUGGUGUCCUUUGAGGACGUAGCCGUGGACUUCACUUGGCAGGAAUGGCAGGAGCUGGAUGCUGCCCAGAGGACCCUCUACAGGGACGUGAUGCUGGAGAACUACAGCAGCCUGGUGUCCUUGGGGUACUGUUUAGUCAAACCUGAGUUGAUCUCCAAGUUGGAAAAAGGAUUUGAACCAUGGGAUGUUGCAGAAGCCACAGAGCAGUGCCUGCCAGAUGUCCAUACAUGGAGUGCUCCAGUUGAAAAAAUCCAGCAAAGUCAAGAGAAGUAUUUGAGGCAAGUCAAAAUCACCAGGAGAAAUACAUCAAAUGAAGAUAAGGUUGAAGUAGAAAACACAUACAAAGUGGACUCAAACUGCAUUUCAAAUAUGACUAUGAAGAAUGAAGUCUGUUCUAGAAUGUUCUUUCAGGAGCUUGUUAAUCCACCGCAAGAUGUACCUUUGCCUACAGAGGCUGGUGAGAGGCAGAGUACAGAAGAACCUCAUGAUCUGAGUGGAACUCAGGAAGCCCUCUCAUAUCCUGAGCAUUUUACUCACCAUAGCAAGGAUCAGUGUCAAUUUCAGUAUUUUGGAUCAGAUGAAGCCUUCCACACGAAAGCAAUAUUAACACCUCAGAUAUUUUGUGUUCAGGAAACCCCUAGGAAGUGCAAUGACUGUGAUGAACCCUUUGAUGAGGUAGAACUUCCUGCCCAAUCUAUGACUCAGUUAAGAAAGGAAACUUUGGGAUGGAAUAUAUGUCAUAAAACAUUCCAUAACAAGACCGAAUUCAGCAACCAUGACAACAUGCACAUGGGAGGGAAUGAUAACAAGUGUGAUUAUGAGAAACCUAUCAUUAACAAAUCAUUAUACCUUAUACACCAGGAAGCACAUGCAGGGAAAAAGCCCCAAGCACACAAGGAAAACAUCAAAUUCUUCUGCCUGGAUGCCGAGCUGCAAACAGUUGAUCAAAAGCUUCACAGAGAGAAACAAAUUUAUGAAUGUAAAGUAUCUGGGAAAACCUUUUGCCAUGAGUCAGAGAACAUCAGCCAGCAGAAACCGCAUGCCUGGGAGAAAGCCUGUGGGGGUAAGGAAAGCAGAGAAGCUCGCUGUGAUGAGUCAGCCCUCACCCAACAUCAGAGACUUUAUACAGAGGAGAAAGCCUGUGAGGGUAGAAAAUGUAGUAAGGCUUUCUACCAUAAUUCACUACUGUCUCAAUAUCAGACAGCUCAUACAACUGAACAGCAAAGUGACUGCAAAGAAUUAAUGAAAAUUUACUUCUACAUCUCAAGCCUCACUCAGCAUCACAGACCUCAUACUCUUGAGAAACCUUACGGGUGUAAUGAUUGCAUGAAAACUUUCUCCCACAAGUCACAGCUCGCUCGACAUCAGCGGACUCAUACAGGGGAGAAGCCCCAUGAAUGUAAAGAAUGCAGGAAAGCUUUCUGUCACAAGUCACACCUCACCCGGCAUCAGGGAAUCCAUGCACCCGAAAAACCCUACGAAUGUAAAGAAUGUAAAAAGUCUUUCUACCUGAGGUCACAACUCACUCAGCAUCAGAGAACACACACAGGGGAGAAGCCCUUUGAGUGCAAAGAAUGUCAGAAAGCUUUCUUCCGCAAUUCACACCUCACCCAACAUCAGAAAAUCCAUACAGGCGAGAAGCCACAUAAGUGUAAAGAAUGUGGGAAUGCAUUUGCCCGUAAGUCGCACCUCACGCAACAUCAGAAAACCCACACAGGUGAGAGGCCGUACGAAUGUAAAGAGUGCAGGAAAGCCUUCUCUCGUAAGUCGCAACUGAUGCAGCACGAGACGACUCACACUGGGGAGAGAGCCUAUGAAUGCAAGGAAUGCAGGAAAACUUUCUAUCUCAAGGCGUACCUCACUCGACACCAGGUAAUCCACAAAUCCGAAAAGCCAUUUGAGUGUAAGAAAUGUGGGAAAGCUUUCUCCCGGAAGUCAUACCUCACGCGACAUCAGAAGACACACAAAGGUGAAAAGCCCUAUCUGGGUGAGAAACUGUAGGGAUGUAAAUUAUGAAGGAGGUUCUUAAGCUAGUUGGACUUAACAGAGAGCUUACACAGGUGAGACGUCCCAUGCAUGUGGGAAAAUGUGCUACCGUUACAUCUCAGCCUACAUCAGAGAACCCGUGCCAGGAAUAAACCCUACAAAUGGAAAAGUAUGAAAGUAAGUUUUGUGCAGGAGUUAUGCCUCACUAUCGGAUCAGAAAUCUUAUACCGGUGAGAAGCCAUAGGAAAUGUAAGAAUGCCGUGUUGAAGUUACACCUCAUCAAACAUUAGUGAGUUCGUACAAGUGACAAAGCCAAUGACUAUGAAGGGUGAGGUAGAGCUGUAACACAACAAGGGGUGAUGUAGCCAGGCAAAAAUCCUGUCAACAUAAACAAUGCAGGAAAAUUUUCUAUCAUCAAGCAACUCACCAACUGCCUGAAAACUUACAACUGCCAUUUAAGUUGCAACAACAAGGGAAAUGUUUCAACAAGGGAGACCCCACUGACAGGAAACUCACACACAUGAUAAACCACGCUAAUCUGAGGGAGCUUAGGGAGCCCAGGAAAGUAAGGCAUCCCAUAAGUAUAAAUGAUCUAGAGGUGUUUCAAGGAGCACUUGCUUUUGAUCUCUGCUUUCUUGGUACUACAGCUUACAUUUCACUUGUAAUGAGACAAGGCUAGCCUGGACAAUGGAGUAAUACACCUAUCUUUUUUUUUCUUGAGACUACAUUUCCCUAUGUAGACCAGGCUGGCUUCAGACUCAUGGAAAUCCACCUGCUUCUGCCUCUGCCCCCAAGCAUUUGGAUUAAAGGCAUAUGCUACCACA